AUGACGAACUACCUUCUCAGAUCAGCAAGCAAGCUGACGGUACUCUUGCUAUUAGCAGCUUGCUUCCUUCACGUAUCAGCCGCGCCAGAUAUCUUAGCUGGUAUAGUCAACUACUCAAGCUGCAAGCAUAAGACUGACGAAAUAGGUUGGGCUGAUGCAAAUGCCUGCGAUCAUCCCAGUGAGCUCGAAAGCAUAUCCAGCCUUCUCACGACUCGUGGCGGUUCCGAGAUCCAAUCCCUGGUCAACGCGAAGCGCAUCGUACAGGACUUGUCGUCAUCCUCAUCUUGCACGUAUGGACCCACCGCUCGACUGCUGAAGCAAUGCAAAUUGAUCAAGCCGAAGACACAGGAUCCGACUUCUGAUCAGCAGAAAGCAAAUGUCCAGGCCACAUACGGCAUCUCUAUGGCGCUUUGCGAGGCACGGCAAGCACAGGUCUCCAUUCCAUCAGCCUGCUACGUCUUCGAGACUAUGCUUGAUCAUCCAACUCCAGACUCCUCUAUCGUGAUCGCACGCUCGGCUGACAUCCAAAAUUGCAUGAACGAGCUUUUCGAUACUGCGUCUUGGACCAGCUAUAUUGCCUUUCGUGCACAGUCUGCCGAUCUUUGUGAUUCCUCACGUGUGGAUUACCAACGGGAAGAGUUGUUGGAGACCUACAGACAAGCCACGAACGUGGUUCCGGAGAUUUUGGAAGCCCUCAAAGGCCAUCAUUCGGAGAUCCAAUUCGCCAUGUCAGACCUUCGAGAAAUGGCAACCAACAUUGCGGAAUCACAACACAACGUGAUCACUUCUAACCACGCACAAACGGAACAGUCGAAAGAAUAUCUGCGCCAGAUGUCUCAAUACGUGGAAUCCUACAUGGCGGUGGUGGAGGAUUCUGGCAAGUCGUGGCGGGCGAGCAUGAAUGAAGCAGUUGAGCAAGCCGUUACCGAUCUGGCUCUGAUGAACGACAAAGUCAGCAAUGUGCAGGUGAGUUUUGCCGAGCUCUACGCUACAGCCGCCGAAGCCCUCUCUGGCACGACCUACAAUUUUGAAACUAGUGUCGCAACCAUGACAAGGGAAGCCAGCAACUUCGUCGAAAGAUUACUUGACCUCAACAUCGAUGAUCAAAUGCACAAGAUACAGCAAGGUAUGAGUCUUGGUCAGGCAGCCGCCGCUGAGUUCGCCGAAACACAAUCGAUGCAAAACCAGAUUGCUAAAGAACAGCUGAGCGAUAGUUACAAUCUUCUCCAGAUCAUCAAAGACAGCCAUGGCCAAUUUCAUCAGAUCAAGCAGACCCUAGAUCUUGUACCAACCUCAUGGAUUGAGAAUAUGCAUCGAAUUCAGCAAGCCUUCAUACGCAUGCGAGCCGAAGCGACAUACGCUUUGCUCUUCUGCGUACCCUCUCUUCUCCUUUUACUCUUUGGACGGCCACGUCUAGCGACUGUUGUUUCUCUGAUCUAUGUUCUUACGCGUCUGAUCUGGUCUGUUGCGUACAAUUUGCCAUUUUCGUUGUCCGACAUACCCAUCAGUAUCGAAGACCUGAGAUUGCUUGCGCUUUGCUCGGCUGGAGCUAUCUGCGCGGGUGGUUCUGCUGCUAUAUUUGGUGGCCUGGUAGCAUCCUUUUUAGCUAGGCGCAGGAAGGAGAGUCGGGCUACUGACACAGAAUCAGCAUCCACACUAGUCAACAGGAGAUCAGCUGGGCAGUUUUCGACGAACACAAGAGAGGACAAAAUGUUUCGACAAUGCACGAAGCAGGAUCUUGUUGUGCUCGAACGAUCAACAAGAUGGUCCACAGUUCCACCAAACAUGCCCUAA